AUGAGGCAGACUUGUUUGAGCGGUCCAGCUAUUCUACUACCUUCUCUUUGGACCGUUGGAGUGAUCACAGAACAUAAAUUACAUAGAGAGAGAGAGAGAGAGAGAGAGAAUACGACCGCGAAGGAAAUGCAAACGCCGAUGAUAAUCUCUGGAGGAGAAGAUAACGAGGACGAGUAUACUCCUGACGAAAUCAUGCAGCUCGUUGAGUCUUCUUCACCGACGACGAACGUCUACGACGGAACUAACUUUUCCGGCGAGGAGAGUUUCAGAGUGAGGUUUACCGACGAUCCGUACGCGGUUCCGGUGGUUGUUCAGUCAUCUACGGGUUACAUCACGAUCAACGUCAACGAGGAGAGCUGUGGUCCUUCGUUUUCAGACAGCAACGCUUCCGCCAUGGCGAGCGUCGACGCAAGCGGUCUGUUCGGUUGCUGCCUCGGUUCGAACGGCGCGUGGAGUACAGACGAGGUGAGAGUGAGAGUGAGAGUGAGAGUGAGAGUGAGAGUGAGAGUGAGAGUGGGACGACGAAUUGCUGGCGAGGUUUCUUGGCGAAGACAGUGUUUGACCAAUGUGUCGUCUUGCGGAGAAAACUUUUAAGUG